AUGCCGGAACAACCCUCCAACUUCACCCGUUUCGUCGAGGUCGGCCGUGUCGUCCUCCUCAAGUCCGGACCGCAGGAGGGUCAAAUCGCCGUCAUUGCGGAGAUCAUUGACCACAACCGGGCGAUCAUUGAUGGUCCCCUCACUGGUGUCCCCCGCCAAUCCUUCCCCUACCGCCACAUGACCCUCACGCCCCUCGUCGUAGCCAAACUCCCCCGCGGCGCCGGCACAGGCGUCGUCCGCAAGUUCCUCGAGAAGGAGGGUACUAUCGACAAGUGGCAGAAGUCGUCCUGGGCGCAGAAGCGGGAGGCCGUCGCCAAGCGGCGGUCGCUCAACGACUUCCAGCGCUUCUGCGUCAUGCUCGCGAAGAAGGGCCGGAGAGACGUCGUCCGCAAGGCGCUCUCCAAGGCGUGA